CAAAGCCUCCUGUUUUUUGUGGCCACCUCCCCAGGCAAAGCUUGGGGCUCCCAUCUGCUGCUGGACGAGCCAUGAAGAAGCGGUUUGUGGUGCUGGGCCUGCUGGCCGUGGUGCUGGUGCUGGUGGUCGUGGGCCUCUGCCUGUGGCUGCCCUCAGCCUCCAGGGAGAAGCCUGACCACCAUGUGUACCCCAGGGCAGCUGUGGCUGCGGAUGCCAAGCACUGCUCCGAGAUUGGGAGGGACGCCCUGCGGGACGGCGGCUCGGCGGUGGACGCGGCCAUCGCGGCCCUGCUGUGCGUGGGACUCAUGAAUGCCCACAGCAUGGGCAUCGGGGGCGGUCUGUUCCUCACCAUCUACAACAGUGCCACACGAAAAGCCGAGGUCAUCAACGCCCGCGAGGUGGCCCCCGGGCUGGCCUCUGCCAGCAUGUUCAACAGCUCGGAGCAGUCUCAGGAGGGUGGGCUUUCGGUGGCAGUGCCCGGGGAGAUCCGCGGCUAUGAGCUAGCACACCAGCGCCAUGGGAGACUGCCCUGGGGUCGCCUCUUCCAGCCCAGCAUCCAGCUGGCCCGCCAGGGCUUCCCUGUGGGCAAGGGCUUGGCGGCAGCCUUGGAAAACAAGCGGGCGGUCAUUGAGCAGCAGCCUGUCCUGUGUGAGGUAUUCUGCCGGAAUGGAAAGGUGCUUCGGGAGGGGGAGUGGCUGACCCUGCCACGACUGGCUGACACCUACGAGAAGCUGGCCCUCGAGGGCGCCCAGGCCUUCUACAAUGGGAGCCUCACAGCGCAGAUUGUAAAGGAUAUCCAGGCGGCUGGGGGCAUUGUGACAGUUGAGGACUUGAACAACUACCAUGCUGAGCUGAUCGAGCAUCCACUGAACAUCAGCCUGGGGGACAUGGUCCUCUACAUGCCCAGCGCGCCACUCAGUGGGCCUGUGCUGGCUCUCAUCCUCAACAUCCUCAAAGGAUACAACUUCUCCCGGGCGAGCGUGGAGAUCCCUGAGCAGAAAGGCCUGACAUACCACCGCAUCGUGGAGGCCUUCCGGUUUGCCUAUGCCAAGAGGACCCUGCUUGGGGACCCCAAGUUUGAGGAUAUGACUAAGGUGGUCCGCAACAUGACCUCCGAGUUCUUCGCUGCCCAGCUCCGAGCCCGGAUCUCCGACGACACCACUCACCCAACCUCCUACUAUGAGCCUGAGUUCUACACGCCCGAUGACGGAGGCACUGCUCACCUGUCUGUCGUCGCAGAGGAUGGCAGUGCCGUGUCUGCCACCAGCACCAUCAACCUCUACUUUGGCUCCAAGGUCCGUUCCCCAGUCAGCGGGAUCCUGUUCAACGAUGAGAUGGACGACUUCAGUUCUCCCAACAUCACCAAUCAGUUUGGGGUACCCCCCUCGCCUGCCAAUUUCAUCAAGCCAGGGAAGCAGCCACUCUCAUCCAUGUGUCCGACAAUCGUGGUGGGCCCAGACGGCCAGGUCCGCAUGGUGGUGGGAGCCUCUGGGGGCACGCACAUCACCACAGCUACUGCACUGGCCAUCAUCCACAACCUGUGGUUUGGCUACGAGGUAAAGCGAGCAGUGGAGGAGCCCCGGCUGCAUAACCAGCUUCUGCCCAACACCACAACGCUGGAGAAGAAUAUUGACCAGGUGGUGACUGCAGCCCUGAAGACCCGUCAUCAUGAAACCCAGGUCACCUCCACUUUCAUCGCUGUGGUGCAGGCCAUUGUCCGCACAGCUGGUGGCUGGGCAGCUGCCUCGGACUCCAGGAAAGGCGGGGAGCCUGCUGGCUACUGAGUUCUCAAGACCAGAGACCCAGAGACAAGAUGCUGGGGGUGGGAGGAGCUUUGGGGGACAUGCUUCCCCUAUGAGUGGCAGAGCAGCACAAUAAAUUGGGGUUGCCGUGCCAGGCUCUGGGCAGCCUCCUGGCCUG